AUGUUUGCCCAUUUUGCAAUCAUAGCUGCGAGAAUGGUGAAGAUUAUGGCACCCGAAGAUGGUGUUGCCAACGAUCUUAUCACAAAUUCUGCACGCAAGACAGAUGUAGAAUACGUUGUAGAUAGCCAAUUGCCAAAGGGCCAAUAUAACUUACAGCUAGAAGAGCUUUCUAUCAAUGGUGCGAGUCUGGAAGACAUCAAAAAGUACAUGUCUACAUGCUCAAGUCUUCGUUCAAUAUCAUCUGAAGAAAUAAAGAAUGUCAUCAAUGCACUUUCGUUCAAAAAGGCAGACGAUGAAAUUAGCGAUCUCAAGUCAGGUGCCUAUACCUUUGCUCUUAUAUUUGCAAAUGAUGUUGAGUCACUCAAGAACCUUGAGGGAGUUGAUAGGAUUCAACACAUAAGAUUCUACCUAUUUACUAAGAAGGAAGAUGCCGACAAGUACGGAGUACCGUUCCCAGGUGUUUUGGCCUACAGUACGGCCGACAGAAAUUGGCUGAAAAUGCCCUUCCGUGGAAAAUUAGAUGCAUUGGUUGCUUCGAUAUCCAUACCUGCCUUUUCUCCCAUCAGUCAGGAGAAUUUCAGGUAUUUCCAAUCUCUUGACCAGAAAUUAUUCUAUGUCAUUGACAGCGCUAGAUCGUUUGAAGAGAACAAGAAUGACUUCAAUGAAGUUGCAAAACAAUGCUCUAGCUUUGCAAAAUUUAUUUUCUUUACUCCCGAGGAUGUGCCUGCUCUUAUUCCAUUGCUGAAGUUGCAAAGCUCAGACUAUCCUAUUCUGCUAUCUCUGGCACGUGAGGGCAAGGGAAUUGUAAGAUCACUCAAGCCUGAGACAUUCUUGAAUGGUGUGCAGAGCCUUAUUACCCAGAGUGCCGAAAAGAUCGUCUUUUCAUCUAACAUUCCUGAGGACAAUGAGUCUAGGCCAGUCAAGGUUCUCAGCACUGAAACACUUCCUCAAGUGCUGUCAUCAAGCGACAAAGAUGUAUUGAUUGCGUUUACAUCUCCGUCCUGCAAGUUCUGCCAAGCACUUGAGCCUGAAUUGAAGGAUUUUGGAAAGAUUUUGUCCGAGCGUAAUGUCCCGAUACUCGUAGGAAACUACAAUAUCAUGGAAAAUGAAGAGCCAGCUAGCCAGUUCGAAAUUGCUGGUGUGCCAACUAUUUAUUUCCUAAAGAAAGGAGCCAGCACCCCAAGUAAAGUUCCAUCCAACAUACGAAGCGUUCCACAGCUUCUUGAGUACAUCUCAAAGGAAGGCACAACAUCUAAGAUCAAUCUCGACGAGUAUAGCGAAUAUCUGAAGGUUCAAGAAAAAGCUGAGCCAUCAGAGUCUGAGCAUUCCGAGCAUGCUCACAAAGAGGAGUCCGAAGAAGAUGGCCAGAAGGAAAUACUAUAA